AUUGGACGGCUGAGUCUGGCUACACAGGCCUCCGCGGGAGCGCGGCCGGGCCAAUCAGGAGCUUGGCGUAUUUUACAAACUGAGGAAGUAGCUCCAGCCGUAUCCGAGAGAGUCAGGCGAAAAGCGGAGGAAGCUGGGUGGGCCCUGAGGGGCUCUCGGUAAGCCAUCAUGACCACCCGGCAAGCCACGAGGGAUCCCCUUCUCCGGGGUGUAUCUCCUACCCCUAGCAAGAUUCCGGUACGCUCUCAGAAACGCACGCCUUUCCCCACUGUUACAUCGUGCGCCCUGGACCAGGAGAACCAAGAUCCAAGGAGAUGGUUGCAGAAACCACCGCUCAAUAUUCAACGCCCCCUCGUUGAUUCAGCAGGCCCUAGGCCCAAAGCCAAGCACCAGGCAGAGACAUCACAAAGAUUGGUGGGGAUCCCUCAGCCUCGGAACCCCUUGGAGGAGCUCAGGCCUAGCCCUAGGGGUCAAAAUGUGGGGCCUGGGCCCCCUGCCCAGACAGAGGCUCCAGGGACCAUAGAGUUUGUGGCUGACCCUGCAGCCCUGGCCACCAUCCUGUCAGGUGAGGGUGUGAAGAGCUGUCACCUGGGGCGCCAGUCUAGUCUUGCUAAGAGAGUACUGGUUCGAGGAAGUCAGGGAGGCACCACCCAGAGGGGCCAGGGUGUUCCGGCCUCUGCAUAUUUGGCCCCCAGAACUCCCACUCACCGACUGGACCCUGCCAGGGCUUCCUGCUUCUCAAGGCUGGAGGGACCAGGACCUCGAGGCCAGACUUUGUGCCCCCAGAGGCUACAGGCUCUGAUUUCACCUUCAGGACCUUCCUUUCACCCUUCCACUCGCCCCAGUUUCCAGGAGCUAAGAAGGGAGACAGCUGGCAGCAGCCGGACUUCAGUGAGCCAGGCCUCAGGAUUGCUCCUGGAGACCCCAGUCCAGCCUGCUUUCUCUCUCCCUAAAGGAGAACAUGAGGUUGUCACUCGCUCAGAUGAAGGAAGUGUGGCCUCUCUUGGUCUGGCCCAGCGAGUACCAUUAAGAGAAAACCGAGAAAUGACACAUACCAGGGACAGCCGUGACUCCCACCUGAUGCCCUCCCCUGCCCCUGUGGCCCAGCCCUUGCCUGGCCAUGUGGUGCCAUGUCCAUCACCCUUUGGACGGGCUCAGCGUGUACCCUCCCCAGGCCCUCCAACUGUGACCUCAUAUUCAGUGUGGCGGCGUCUCACCAUUCAACCUAAAACCCGAUUCACGCCCAUGCCAUCAACCCCCAGAGUUCAGCAGGCCCGGUGGCUGAGUGGUGUUUCCCCUCAGUCCUGCUCUGAAGAUCCUGCCCUGCCCUGGGAGCAGGUUGCCGUCCGGUUGUUUGACCAGGAGAGUUGUAUAAGGUCACUGGAGGGGUCUGGGAAACCACCUGUGGCCACUCCUUCAGGACCCCACUCUAACAGAACCCCCAACCUCCAGGAGGUGAAGAUUCAACGCAUCGGUAUCCUGCAGCAGCUGUUGAGACAGGAGAUAGAGGGGCUGGUAGGGGGCCAGUGUGCCCCCCUUAAUGGAGGCUCUUCUCUGGAUAUGGUUGAACUUCAGCCCCUGCUGACUGAGAUUUCUAGAAAUCUGAAUGCCACAGAGCAUAACUCUGGGACUUCCCACCUUCCUGGAUUGUUAAAAUGCUCAGGGCUGCCAAAGCCCUGCCUUCCAGAGGAGUGCGGGGAACCACAGCCCUGCCCUCCAGCGGAGCCUGGGCCGCCAGAGGCCGUCUGUAGGAGUGAGCCUGAGACACCAGAGCCCUCCCCCCAGGAACAGCUUGAGGUACCAGAGCCCUGCCCUCCAGCAGAACCCAGGCCCCCAGAGUCCUGCUGUAGGAGUAAGCCUGAGAUACCGGAGCCCUCCCGCCAGGAACAGCUUGAGGUACCAGAGCCCUGCCCUCCAGCAGAACCCAGGCCCCCAGAGUCUUGCUGUAGGAGUGAGCCUGAGAUACCAGAGCCCUCUCAGCAGGAACAGCUUGAGGUACCAGAGCCCUGCUCUCCAGCAGAACCCAGUCCCCUUCAGCCCAGCACCCAGGGGCAGUCUGGACCCCCAGAGCCCUACCCUAGGGUAGAGCUGGGGGCAUCAGAGCCCUGCACCCUGGAACAUAUAAGUCCAGAGUCCAGCCUACCACCCUGCUGCAGUCAGUGGGCUCCAGCAACCACCAGCCUGAUCUUCUCUUCCCAACACCCGCUUUGUGCCAGCCCCCCUAUCUGCUCACUCCAGUCUCUGAGAACGCCGGCAGGCCAGGCAGGUAAGGAGUUGGCUGGGAAGGAGUGUGAACACAAGAGGUCCUCAACUCACUGUGAGCUGCACCCCUGCCCUGCCCCACCCCUGCUCCAGGCAAUCCCAUGCUUCCACACCUUCCACCCUGGCCCAGCCUGGCUCUCCCUCAGGAAGAGGGUGCUCCUAAUUGGCUUGGCCGUUGGUGGGGGAGGAGGAAAGGACAGUACAUGGUGGAAGUAUGGGACUCCAGACCGCCCUCUGAAUUCUCCAUGCCCCUCAGGCCUCAGCAGUCUGGCCCCUCGAACCCUAGCCCUGAGGGAGCGCCUCAAAUCGUGUUUAACCGCCAUCCACUGCUUCCAUGAGGCUCGUCUGGACGAUGAGUGUGCCUUUUACACCAGCCGAGCCCCUCCCUCAGGCCCCACCCGGGUCUGCACCAACCCUGUGGCUACAUUACUCGAAUGGCAGGAUGCCCUGUGUUUCAUUCCAGUUGGCUCUGCCCCCCGGGGCUCUCCAUCAUGAGACAACCACUCCUGCCCUACCGUGCUUCUUCCUUUUAGCCCUUAUUUAUUGUCGGUCUGCCCAUGGGACUGGGAGCCGACCACUUUUGUCCUCAAUAAAGUUUCCAAAGUA